AUGAGGACGACGAAUUUGUUCAAGUUAUUGAUUCUAGUAUCUAUUUUUACAUUUUCUGGAGCAUAUAUUUGCCUCAAGUAUCCAAUAUGCAGUUGUAGCAAGAGGACCAUCACCAAAGUCACAUGCAGCGGGGUGAGGAAAGCUUCUCUGGUGCUGCCAGCUUUGGACAAAUACGAUCAUAUUGACAAGUUUCAAAUGUCGGGAUCCUUGACGAACUUGACCAGUGGCGUUUUCAACGGAAGAUCUAUUGCUAGUUUGGUAAUUUAUGGACCUCUCCAGACUGUUGCCGAGGAUGCCCUGAUGGACAUCAAGGGACUGGAAGUGGUUAGACUCACGUUCACCGGACUCGUCUCGAUUCCUCAAGCAGUGACGCUGGAGAGUCUCAAGAAUCUAUCCAUAAGUCACGGGAACAUAACUGAAAUCGGUACUGAACUUCAAGGCAUGUCGGCAGUGAUGAAUCUGGUUUUGGACUUCAAUAAAAUUAGCCGCAUUUCCACAGCAGCUUUCAACGGGCUGCAGUAUCUCGAAAUUCUGAACUUGUCUUUCAAUGACCUCAGUCACUUAGGGCCGGAGUUGUUCACGCCUUUGAAGAAUUUGAGAAUCAUAGACCUGAGCAAUAAUCAGCUGGUGUCGAUUAGUGGAUGCUUGAAAUCUGUUUCUCCUCAAGUAAUAAAUUUAUACAACAACAGCUUGACCAACAUCGACAAUGUUUUCCAUUCUGGAAUGUGGUCCGUGCGGGAGCUCAACUUGGGCGCCAAUCCAUCCCUCAACCUCACCGGAGCACUCUUCAAGGGCCUCAUGAAGUCUCUGUCUAUUCUAACGUUGCAGGAUAAUCAUUUCCAGUCCGUGGACCCGCAACUUCUGAAGUAUUUUCCUCAGCUCCUCGAGCUGCGGUUCAGCGGCAACGAUCUCGAUCACAUACCAGGCGAAUUUUUCAGUUACACCUCAAAUCUGAAUACAGUCGAACUGAGCGACAACAGCCUGACUUCCACAGAUGAACUGUUCGUCCUCAACAGGAUGAGACUCAGGAGGAUUAAGCUCGACGGCAACAGGCUGUCUUCCAUCAAAGGUGGAAUUUCGUCUGAAACAAUCAUAAGACUGGAUAUGAGUAGGAACGCGAUCUCAGAGCUCAGGAGCGGAGAUUUGAAGCAUCUGUCAUUUCUCACUGAAAUCAACCUGUCGAGUAAUCCGAUAGAGGUGAUCGAUUCGGACGUGCUCAAACUUAACCAUAAACUGAAUAUCGUCGAUCUUUCGAACACGAGGCUGAAGGAACUGAACAGGUCGUUGCUUCAUAUUACCAGCUUGUCUCAACUUAGGGUGCAGUCGUCAGAACUGCAGCGCAUUGACGAAGAAGAACUCGCGGGGCUCCGAUUUUUGAAGUCUGUUCACCUGAGCAAUAACAGCUUGAGCACAAUUUAUGGUGCGUUUCGGUUCGUUCCAGCCAUUGUCUUUUUGGAUGUAUCGUCGAAUAACUUGACGACUUUGACAGCCGAUUCUUUUCCAGUGUACAGAGGAGCAACAGUCCAUUUGCGAAAUCUGCAAAUGGCAGGCAACCCAUGGAUUUGCGACUGCAGACUGUCUUGGAUUCCUUAUUGGUUGGAAAAGCGUGGAGAAUUACUUGACGAACCUGUAUGCGAAUCGCCAGCCCACUUGAAUGGAAGGAAUAUCAGUUCUUUAAAUCAAACUGAGCUGGAUUUGUGGCUGGAUGACUGCCCGGAGAAUUGUGACUGUUUAUGCUCGCCUAUCGGAGAGGACGUGUCCAUAGCUGUAAAUUGUUCGAACAGAAACGUAGUCCAGUUUCCGAGUCGAUUUCCUGCCAAAGUCAAGGAAAUGGACUUCUCCAACAACAAAAUUGAGCAGAUUGAUGGGUUAGGGAGCUAUUAUAAAGAACUCCGCAAGCUGAAUUUAGAAGACAACAAAUUGUUUAAGUUAAGUUCGAAUUUGCCUUCUUUGGUGGAGGAGUUACUGCUGGCUAGGAAUUCCCUCCGAUUGUUUCCUUAUGCUUAUUGGGAGGAAAAUUCUAUAAAUGUGACCACUUUGUCUGGAAAUCCGUGGAUUUGCGACUGUAAUCACGGGUGGAAGUUCAGAGAAUGGUUGAUUGCUCAUAAUGAUUCGGUCCUUGAUUUGCAAAACAUACGCUGCGGCUCCCAGGAGGGUUUCUUCAUAAGAAAUCAAGUGAUCAUUUAUUUGGAACGAAAGGAUUUCUGUUCUCCCCUUACUCCAUUACAUAUAGCAGUAAUCACAGUGUUUUGCGUUAUCACGUUAACCCUCCUCCUGUUGUGUGUGUGCCUCAGAAAAGGAAUUGCUGCCCUGUUCUAUUCCUGCGGAUGCACUUUUCUCAAAAACCAAAAUAAAUUCCAAGAUCCGUAUGAUGUUUUCCUCUUGUAUGCUGAUGAGGACGAGGAAAUAGCCCUCUCCGAAUUAGCGGAAGGUCUUGAAAGUGGAAAUGACAAAUUCAACGUUUGCAUUCCUUGUCGUAAUAUUCCAGAACCAAGAACUAUAGAAAGAAUAUCUGCCUUCACUGCACAAUCCAGCAAGAUUAUAGUUCUUCUGACAAGGAGCUUUCUGGCAGAUGGUACAAGCCUUCGCCUCCUUCGAUCGGCCAUGUCAUUCUCCUUGGAGGACACUUCACGCCAAGUAAUCUUUGUGACGCAUGGAAAGUUGCCUUCUUUCUCCAGCUUGGAUCCCUCUCUUUUGAAAAUCCUGAAAACCAGCGAUCGUCUGCGUUGGGGAAGCUUCCUGUUUUGGCCGAGGCUGGUGUAUCGACUACCACGAAAAUAUACCCCUCCCGAUGAAGCAGAUCCUUCCACUGUCAGGCUGCUGGAUGACUUGAACUAAGCUAAGUUAUCAUUUAUCCAGCGAGCAACUGCCGUACACCAUUCCAAAAACAGACUACAUGCAAAACCAUUAGUCAAUUAAAAUUUCUAGUUCAUUGUACAUCGCAGAAAACUAACUUAAUUGGUUAAGUCUUUUGCUGGUUGUCGGUUGCUGAACGAGUCCUAACUUAGCUUCAUUUCUUACAUCGUUGAAGAAAAGGAAGAAAAAGAAGUCCACCUAGGACUAAACCAGCUUAGUUUUCUUCAAUGCUACCGGAAUUAUAUCUUGGGGCUGGAGUGAUUCUUGUAUGCAUGUGAGGAUUGGCAAGCUUGGCUAGUUGCCAUAGCUUCUAAGGAGAUCGUGGCUGAUACUAGCACAUUAUGCUAGUAGUAAUUUUGCUCUAGAAAUCAGCUAAAAUAUUAAAAUAAAUAAAUAUAAAAAAAACCACUUAAUACUAACGAAAAUUCAAGGCGCUCGCACCCGCAAAAGUAGCGGCGUUUUAAAGUUCGCGGAUAAUCAAAAGUUGCAAAAAUUAAAACCAAAUACUGAUAAAAUUCACGUGUUUACUGUAGUAUCGUUACAUCAUUAUUCUCAAAAUUAAGAUCAAACAAUACGGCUUUCUAAUCCUUUUUCUAUUAAGGAAAAACAAAUAAUAAUAAACUUGAAUUUUUGACAUCUUGAAUUAAAAUUAUGUUUAUCGCAAUUAUGAGUUGCAGUAGGACUCUACUCGUUGGGUCUUGUGUGUGUAGUGUUUU